AUGGCUCCCGCUGCUACUGGAGGCAAGAAGCAGAAGAAGAAGUGGUCUAAGGGCAAGGUUAAGGACAAGGCCCAGCACGCCGUUGUCCUCGACAAGACCACCAACGACAAGCUCCAGAAGGAUGUCCAGUCGUACCGCCUGAUCACCGUCGCCAUCCUCGUCGAUAGGUUGAAGAUCAACGGCUCGCUCGCCAGGAAGGCGCUCGCCGACCUCGAGGAGAAGGGCCAGAUCAAGAAGGUCGUCCACCACAGCAAGCUCCAGGUCUACAGUGAGUAG